AUGUCGCUAAUGGUCUCGUAUUCGAGGCUGCACUGUGUGACACGAUUCUAUUCAAGACGACCCAGCCCGAGGGGUGGCUCUACAUACCCUACCCUACUUCGGCCUCGAGUAGACAGACAUGCUUGUAGGUGGUGUGUAUUUGGUAGUGUGAAGGGGGAGAAGACAACACACCCGCCUCCUCCCGAAACUCGAUACAUGGGUGAACAGCUGCCUCGACAGCUGGAGAUCUACCUCUCUCUCCUGGCUAACACUGGUAUCGAUGAUGGUUACAACCAAGUCCUGCACGACGUGAAAAAGCCCGGACCGAUGACAAGCCUUGCACCGGCGGUCCCCGUCUACGGAAGCACGCGACUUUAUCAGGAGUCCCAGGGGGCAUUGGACACCAGUGCACCCUAGAAAAUAAACGAAAAAAAUUUAAGAAAUAC